AUGGCAUCCUUACUCCCUUUGAUUGGGUGGGGUAUUCUCCCAAACUAUGCCACAAACUUCCUCCAAAGCGUCUACUACGGUCUUACGAUUCGAGCCGGCGAGCCUAGACCCCUGCCUCAAACACCCCGCCAUGAGCGUCAUCGCCGCCGAAUCUUCCUCUUCGUCAUAGUCGCCUAUCUCCUCUAUACGCUCUAUGAAACUUUCCACCAAGUUCAAAUAGCAGGCGACUUCUACCAAGUAUUGGGUGUAUCCCCCUUUACAGAUGAACGGACAAUCAAGUCUCGAUUCCGCCGACUAGCAGCGCAGCAUCACCCGGAUAAGGUGACCCUCGACAGCGGCUCCGAAGCAUACUUCAUGUUCUUGCGCCGUGCACAAGAAACCCUCACAGACCCAGUAAAGCGCUUCGCAUACGAUAGAUUCGGGCCCGAGAUAGCAAAUUGGGGUGAGCAGAAGACCAUGCGUGAAUAUGUAAUGCGCUCACUUAUCAAGUCCGUCCUCCCCCAGUAUGUGGGUGGCUUCGUUACAAUGAUACUCCUAAACUGGCUCUGGUGGGCUAACUGGGGUCGCUACUGGCGCUUCUACACCUUCGGCGUUUUACUCGCCCUCGAACUAAUGUUAAUAACACACCCCCGAUCAAUCUUCAUGCCAACCUCCUACCUCCCUGAAGUAAUCCAAAAUCUCCUCCCAAAAAACACAUUCUACCUCCUCCCCUUUCAAACACUCACGCUUGCCCGCCGAGCAUCCAUAACACUACACAUCUUCAUCUCGCAAGCCGCACCACGAGAUGCCGGAAAAGCAAGCACGGGCGGUGACAGGAUACCGCAACAAACCAUGCAGCGGAUGGGACAGCUUGUUGUGGCCUCGAGGGCGACAGAUAUGGAAGCUUCGCGUAUGCUGGGGCUGGGAUUAGCGCCGUUCCGGGGUGAUCGCGAGAUGGUCUCUAAUUUGAGGAGGGGGAUGAAGGAGGGGUUGAUUUUGGGAGGGAUUAGAGCUAGUCCUGAAGUUCAGAGGGCCUGUGCGGAGGUUCUGGAGCGGAAGAAUGCUGAGAGGGAGGGGAAAACUGAAUAG